CCAGAGCUGCUGUUUGCCAAUCGCAAAGAUAUUCGCAUAAUAGAAGUUGGGAAAGAGAGGCAGUCACGCCAAGUUAUUGUGAAGGAUGUUAUGGAUGCAGCAUCUGUGGAUUACUACUACAAGGGUCAGUUGGUUUGCUGGACAGACAUUGAUAAUGAGCUCAUCAAGUGUGUGGAAGUUAACAAGUCUGGCGGGGGAUCAAACAAUCACAGAGAGGUGACAGUGAUAUCAAGAGGUAUUUUAUCACCUGAUGGCUUGGCAGUUGACUGGCUGGGUGAGAAGCUGUAUUGGACUGACUCAGACACCAACAAAAUUGAAGUUGCAGAGCUGUAUAGUAAGCACCGACGUGUUCUAUUCUGGCAGGACCUUGAUCAACCCAGAGCUAUUGCUCUAGUUCCAUCUGAAGGAUUGAUGUUUUGGACAGACUGGGGUGAAAAUCCCAAGAUUGAGAGGGCAGGUAUGAAUGGAGAUUCCUCAACAAGAUUGGUAAUUGUCAAAGAAGAAAUAUUUUGGCCCAAUGGUCUAACUGUAGACUAUGAUCAGCGAGUCAUAUAUUGGGCUGACGCAAAAUUGUCUUAUAUUGCAUCUGUAGAUUUUGAUGGGAAGAGAAGAACAAAGGUGGUCAAGGGUAAAUUACCUCAUCCUUUUGCUUUAACGUAUUUUAACCACACGUUAUAUUGGACUGACUGGGAAACAAGAGCCAUACACUUCUGCGACGUUGGCCACAGGAGAAGUUGUGAGAAGCAGCAACAGUUAGGGACGAACCUCUCCCCUAUGUACAUUCAUGUGUUUGACCCGCUACGACAGCUACACCUGGACACCCCCUGCCAGCACAAUAAUGGAGGAUGUAGUCACCUUUGUCUGGCAGCUCCAACUCCCCAUAACUACUCAUGUGCUUGUCCCACAGGAGUGAAGUUGCUUGAUCAGUUCACCUGUUCUGAUGGUCCAGAAGAGAUGUUAAUCUUAGCUCGUCGGACAGAUUUGCGACGUAUAUCAUUGGACACUCCAGAUCACACUGCUGUAGUAAUUCCAGUGUCGGGGGUUAAACAUGCUAUUGCUGUUGACUAUGAUCCCAUUGAUAGCUUUAUCUACUGGACAGAUGAUGAGACACUUCGUAUUCAACGUUCUAAGUUGGAUGGAUCAGAGCAACAAGUGAUAGUGUCUGCCGAGGUAUUCCAUCCCGAUGGUAUUGCAUUGGAUUGGAUUGCCCGUAACUUGUACUGGACGGACACUGGCCCAGAUCGUAUUGAAGUUGCCAGACUCAAUGGAACCUCUAGAAAGAUCCUCAUUACUGAUAACCUGGAUGAACCAAGAGCCAUUGCUAGACCUGAUGGGGGCUUGAUGUUCUGGACAGACUGGGGUGAGCAUCCAAAGAUUGAGCGAGCUGCCCUUGAUGGCUCAUUACGAGAGGUCAUUAUCAACUCGGACCUUGGAUGGCCUAAUGGGGUUGCAAUUGACACUGAACUGAGAAAAAUAUAUUGGUGUGAUGCUAAAGAAGAUAAAAUAGAGAUGGCUGCACUUGAUGGAAGUGAUAGAAGAGUGGUUCUGAGUGAACAUCUAUCACAUGUGUUUGGCUUUUCACUUUUGGGUGACUAUUUGUACUGGACAGACUGGCAGAGGCGAAGUAUCGAGAGAGUCAACAAGCUUACUGGGACUCAACGAGAAGCAAUUGUGGAGCUGCUGCCAGACUUGAUGGGACUUAAGGCAGUGAAUGUUAGCAACAAAGCCGGCUCAAAUCCAUGUGGUACAAACAAUGGUGGCUGUUCACACCUGUGUCUCAAUAAACCUGCCAACUAUACCUGUGGAUGCCCUAUUGGUUAUGAACUCACCCAGAAUGAGAAACAAUGCGUGGUACCUGAAGCUUUUCUGUUAUACUCACGGAAGGAAGAUAUCCGGCGCAUCUCUCUCCUCACUAGUCAUAAUGUUCCCAUACCUGUCACUGGUAUCCAGGAAGCCAUGGCCAUUGACUUUGACAGUAUUGAUAAUCGGCUGUAUUGGACAGACAUUUCUGUGAAGUCUAUUUCUCGUGCCUUCAUGAAUGGGUCCCAAAUGGAACCUGUGAUAGAGUUUGGACUUGCGUAUCCAGAGGGUAUGGCUGUGGACUGGUUGGCCCGCAACAUAUACUGGGCAGACAUGGGAAACAGCAGGAUUGAAGUUGCAAGAUUAGAUGGGACAUCCAGACGAGUCCUCUUGUGGCAGAACAUCGCCAGCCCAAAAUCACUAGCUCUAGAUCCUGGUCAGGGCUUCAUGUACUGGUCAGAAUGGGGAGAGGAGCCAAGUAUAUCACACGCCCAUCUAGAUGCCUCUCGUCCAUCUGUUAUUGUCACAGAAAUGGGUCGAGCAAAUGGCCUUACCAUUGACUUUAAAGAUAGUCGAUUGUAUUGGACAGAUAUCGACUAUUAUAAGAUAGAGAGCAGUGAUUUGAAUGGUCUCAACAGAGAGGUUAUUGUUAAAGAUUUGCCACAGCCAUAUGGUCUAACAUUAUAUGAGGAUUAUGUUUAUUGGGCUGAUUGGAAGACUGGAACUAUUGAACGUGCUAACAAGAGCAAAGGAGAAAACAGAACAAGAAUACAGAAUCACCUUGACUAUAUUAUGGAUAUCCUGGUUUUUCACUCAUCACGUCAGUCUGGAAAGAAUCCUUGUUCAGUGAAUAAUGGUGGCUGUUCACACUUGUGUCUUGCUGUUCCAGCUACUAAUGGUACCCAUAAUUUUACUUGUUCCUGUCCAACACACUACAAGCUAGAUCAAGAUGGGAAGACAUGUAAAGCCCCUACAUCUUUUCUGUUAUUCAGCCAGAAGACAGAAGUUAGUCGCCUGGUUGAGGAUGUUAAUGAGUGCCCUACACUCAUACUUCCCAUUCACAGCAUGCGCAAUGUCCGUGCUAUUGACUAUGACCCAAUAGAUCAACUGGUAUACUGGGUGGAUGGUCGUGUGGGCUCACUCCGUCGUGCACAUCACAAUGGCACACGUGGUGAAGUGUUCGUAAGCAAUUCUUUAGAGAAAAUAUACCCUUAUGAUAUAGUUGUAGACCCAUUCACUAGAGUUCUAUUCUGGUCUUGUGCAAGAAACAAUAUCAUUAACGUUACCAAGCUUGACGGAACGGAAGUUGGUGGCAUCAUUGGGCAUGAAGGCGAGGACCAGCCUCGCUCAUUAGCUGUCCAUCCAGUACUUGGUCUUCUUUUCUUCACCAACUUAGUCAGUCCACCACUAAUUGAGCAAGCUCAUAUAGAUGGCCUGCAACGUCGCAAGAUCAUCACAGAGGGCCUAGAGAAUCCAUUAGCUCUGGCUGUGGAUGUAAAGGACAACUUUCUCUUUUGGGCAGACACAACUACAAAGCGCAUUGAAACUGCAACAAUCACUGGAGAGAACAGGAAGGUGUUGGUUGAUAAACAAUUAGAACAACCCAUUGGCUUAGCUGUACAUGAAGACUUCCUCUACUGGGUGGAUCCAGAAUUAUAUGUGGUAGAGCGAGUCAAUAAAUUCACUGGCCAACAAAGGGAGGAAGUGCAAGGCCGGAUAUCACACCUGUCUGACAUCAUUGCAGUAACACCCUACCUAUCACAGAUGAUGAAAGAACACCCAUGCCACAAUGGAAGUGAGUGUAGUCAUUUGUGUCUUGAGAAAGAUCAGGAACAGCGGUGUGCAUGUCCUGCAGGCAAGUCACUAGCAGAUGACUUAAAGACUUGCAUCAAUCCCCCUAGCUGCCACCCUGAAGAAUUUCGCUGCCACUCAGGAUCAGUUGGUUGCAUUCCGCUCAAAUGGAGAUGUGAUGGACAGUCAGAGUGUGAAGACAAGAGUGAUGAGCUCAGUUGUCCACUACCCAUGUGUCCCUCUCAGUUUCGGUGUACAAACAGUCAGUGCAUUGACAAAUCUCAGGUUUGUGAUGGUAAAAGACAAUGCAGUGAUGGAACUGAUGAAGUUGGGUGCUGUGGUACAGGCCAAGUUAUGUGUGUAUCAACAGGAAGAUGUGUGGAUACAGCCAUACACUGUGCUGGAGGUCGUCGCCCAUGUCCUGAUAGCCCAGAUCAUGCCCUAUGUUCAACCUGGGUUACAGAUCCUCCUGAUGUAACUGGACCAGAUAGUAAAGCUCCAUAUAUUGUAGGAAUAGUGGCAUCAGUUGUAGUGUUAGUGUGUGUGGCUGCUUUGGUUGUAUAUUAUCGACGGAGGCCAUCAUUGUUAGACGAUAAUGAACUGGAGCCCCAACCCAAACCAUCGCAGCCCAGACCAUGUCGGUUAGUGAUGACUUCUUGGGGUAAAAGUUACACACAAGUUCCAGUUCAGGGUGAACCUCCACCAGGAGAUCCUCAUUCAUCCAUUGGUGUUGGUGGUCCCUCAGCACAUGGGAUAUGUAGGGGCAUAAUUAAUCAAGGUGCAGUAUCCCGAGGGAUGUUUGAUCCUGCCCCAAUAACAGGAGCAUCAUCAUCUUCCUCUUCCAUGACUCACUACCCCAGAGAAACACUUAAUCCUCCGCCCACUCCUGUAUCAGAGAAUAGAGGUCGGUGUCAGGAACCCCACUGUUGCUAUAAUUCCCACCAUGCACCACCUUCAACCCUUCAUUCCUAUCGCCAUUACAAAACCCGUAACAGGCCACCCCCUCCCACACCGUGCUCUACAGAUGUUUGUGAUUCAGAUGUUUACUCUUCAGCCAUAUCCCCACGUAGGACACACUGUUACACCCCUGGUUCCACCACAUACUACUCCUCUCCACCCAUGACAGACUAUGACUCUGAUCCUCACCCGCCACCUCCUACCCCACAGAUGCAAUAUAUUUGUGACCUCACAUCAUGCCCUCCCACUUCAUGUCCUCCCUCACCAUCUACAGAACGCUCUUACUGCACCCGUGCCCCCUGCCCUCCUCCACCUUCCCCUAUAGCAUCUGACUGAAGCACUUCAUUUGUAGUUUGUACUUGUAAAUAGUAUCAGCUUCACAGUCACUGUUAAAACAGUUUAUAUUAUUGUUAUACCUGUUUAAUGUCCUCGAUUAGUUUCUAUUGGAGUUGUUACCUUCACUCAGGGGAAUUGUUUGACAAGUCUCCUGUUUGAUUGACUGAGUCAGGGAGCAUAAACUGUAAUUUUCAUUGUAAAUCAUUCAUUUAGUAAGUACACUGAAAGUACAAAGUAAUUAACAUACGUAGUUCAGUUACUGCUACUUGCCUUUUUAAUGUGAUACUUGGCUUCCAUCUGGCAGCCUGGUUGGAUUGCCAGUUUUUAACUUUCAGAGCAAAAGAGAAAUGUUAGUGUCAUGCAUUUUAUUGACAUGGCAAGGAAAGGGUCAUAUGGUGGAGGUUCCUCACUGCCAAGUUAUUUACAUUGUCAUUUAGAAAUUAAAUUAUAUAUUUUGGCAAACUUGUAACUCCUCUCCCAAGAUCCCUCCCCUGCCUUCGGGUCAUAUUUUUUAAUUGUGGACAAUCUGGGCAAUGGAUGCUUCAUACAGUCUGGCUUAUUAGGAUGCAUCACACUUUUUUUUUUCCAUAAAUGGUUGAUAGUGCUCACAAAUCUUGGUUUCAAAAACAUUUUUGGAGCCAGGAAUCAUAAAUGGCAACACCAAACUCAAUUACAAUACUGUACGUAGUUGUAAAGUACCCACCAGUUACUUGCAUGGUGCACUCUCCAGCAGUGUUUUGUAUCCAUACCCAUUUGCUCACUUUUGUAAGACAAAUACCACAUGUGUCUUGUAUUUUGUAUUAUUCUUUUAUUUCAUAUAUUUUAUCUUUAGAAGCAUGGCUGGAAUGUAUUAUCAUUUAAAGUAUAUCAUUUUAUAGACACUUUUUUUUUUUUUUACACAUUUAUAUAUGACUAUGAUAAAUCUUGAUAAAAUCACACAGGGAAAA